AUCAUUUCUUUUAUUUCAAACUUCUCUUUCUCUUUCACCUCAUGCCUAGAAGUUGUGCAUUUGUCAGAAUAUAAAAGCAUAACCACAUCUAGCAAAAACUAUCAAAUGCCCAAAUCACUCUCAACCUUUUCCUCCCAAGUUUCCAAUCUUGGGAAAUGGUGAGAUAGUGAGCAUCUAUCUGUUUUGCUUUGCUUUGCUUUCCCCUACAGUUGCUGCAGGUACAGUUCUUUGCAUGAAUUUAGGAAUUUCCAAAUUCUGAGAAGGGUUAGUUUUAGAUGACAGAAGCAGACAAAAACCAAUGUAGACAGAGACAAAGAGUUGUGUUAGAAGAAGAAUCAAAUCCCUCAAAAAUGGCUUCUUGUUCCAACUGCUGCCCCAAGAUUUCCCCAAUCAUUCAUAUUUUUGUUUUCUUCCUCUUUUUUAUUGCACAAUCACAAUCACAGAGUUUCAAUGCUACAAAUCAGAAUCUGAGGCCUCAGAAUUUGUCCAAGAAGCUCAAAUACAUCUCAGACUAUCUCAUGAAAAUCAACAAACCUGCUGUCAAAACAAUCAAGAGUCCAGAUGGUGAUAUCUUCGAUUGUGUAUUGACUCAUCAACAGCCUGCUUUUGAUCAUCCUUUACUCCAAGGCCAAAUGCCCAUGGAUCCACCAGAGAGGCCAAAGGGGCUUCGAACAACAACAACAACAUCAGACACGUUUUCUGAAAAUUUCCAAACUUGGACACUGUCUGAUGAAUCUUGCCCCGAAAAUACAAUUCCAAUCAGACGAACAACCGAGCAAGAUCUCCUAAGAGCAAGCUCCAUUCGAAGAUUUGGCCGCAAGAUUCGAAGGCCUAUUAGAAGAGAUUCCUCCAGCAAUGGCCAUGAGCAUGCUGUGGGCUAUGUGAGUGGUGAUCAAUAUUAUGGUGCAAAAGCAAGCAUAAAUGUGUGGGCUCCGCGAGUUGCGAAUAAGUAUGAAUUCAGCCUUUCUCAAAUGUGGGUUAUUGGAGGCUCCUUUGGAGAUGACCUCAACACAAUCGAGGCCGGUUGGCAGGUUAGUCCAGAGAUCUAUGGGGACAAUUAUCCUAGGUUCUUCACCUACUGGACUAGUGAUGCCUAUCAAGCAACUGGGUGUUAUAAUUUGCUGUGCUCAGGCUUUGUUCAAACAAAUAAUAGAAUAGCUAUUGGCGCAGCAAUUUCUCCUACGUCGUCGUAUAAUGGAGGCCAAUUUGACAUUAGCUUGCUAAUUUGGAAGGAUCCGAAGCAUGGAAAUUGGUGGCUAGAGUUCGGAAACGGGGUUCUAGUCGGGUACUGGCCGACCUUUCUAUUUACACAUCUUCGCGAUCGUGCAAAUAUGGUACAAUUUGGGGGCGAAAUUGUAAAUAGCAGAAGUUCGGGGUCACACACAUCGACUCAGAUGGGGAGUGGGCAUUUUGCACGAGAAGGGUUCGGAAAAGCGUCUUAUUUCAGAAACCUACAAGUGGUAGAUUGGGAUAACAGCUUAAUCCCUUUAUCCAAUUUGAGAGUUUUGGCCGAUCAUUCAAAUUGUUACGAUAUAAGAGGUGGAAUUAAUAGAGUUUGGGGUAAUUACUUCUAUUAUGGAGGACCGGGGAGAAAUUCAAGGUGUUCUUGAAAAUAUAUUCUACUGAGGUUUUCUUUUUCUUUUUUUGUUUGUGUUGUUUCUUUUUCCCCCUCUUUUUUGGGUGAUUUUAGGUCGAUUUCUUGUCGAGGGAUUGAGUUAUUCUUGUAACUUUUCCAUGGAUCUAAUUAAAAUGAUCCAUCUAUUUAUACUAGUUUUAGGGUCAAUGUAAAUUGUGGUGAAUGAAAUAGCAAAAGAUAGUACUAUGUUCUUUGA